GAACAGGGUUGUGUGUUUUCCGGGUGGUGGAGGGACUUUGAAGGAGGUGGCCCUUUGGCCGGGUCCCUGCCUCCCCAAGUCGCAGGGCGGGUGCCAGGGGCUGGUUUUCGUGCUCAGGGAGGGUUUCUCCGUAGCCGUUUCCAACCCUUUUCAGCUCUGGGGCGAUAGGCCUUUAUAGACAGACCAAUGCUGGGUGAAAAAGAUUGGUUAUUGUUGAUGCCGAGGAAAGAUGCUGGGCCUCAGGAGGCCCCCAAAGCAGAGUUCGAAUCCUAUUCACGCGCUAUGUGACCUUGGGUGAGUUCCCUCACCUCUUCGAGCCUCGACUUGUUCCUCUGUAAAAUGGAGUCAUUAGCUUAUUCGCUCGUUUCACAGAGGGAGCUGUGUAAUACAGCUGUUGGUACCUGAUACUCAGCUCUCUUAGUAGAGGCAACUGGCGUUAAUGAUUUAAAUAAAAAAAUUUUGGUCGUAAUUUGACUCUAACAACCUAAUGGGCAGCUUUGCACGCUCAUUUUUUUUUUUUUCUUCUUUUCUGUUCUGUGAGUCGGGAAGUCUCUGGUCUUGUCUGUUUCACUUAAAUAAUUGCUUUGGAGUUAGACGUGGCUUCAAAUUCAGUAGCCGAGUGACCUCUCACAAGUCAUGUCCCCUCUAGGUUUCAUUUUCUCUAUGUGGUGGUGGGGGGGCGGGUAAUGAUAACAUACACCUAGAUAGGCAGUGGCCUUCAAUAAAUGAUAGCUGUUCUUAUUAAUAGCCUAAGUCCUAUUGCCUGUUCUUUAAAAAUUGGACCAUUUGAGACCUUACAGGGCUGUUGAGAAGACAGAAUUGAAUAAAUAUCUGAUACAUGUCUGAUACAUGAUCUGCCCUUAACAAAGAGUGGUGGUCAUUGCACCUGCCUGCCCAGCUGUUCCCACCACAGGGGGAGAAUCCUGUUGGGCUCAGGCAGCAGCUGGUAUUUAUGGCCCUUCACCUUUGAAUGGUACCCUCCGGACUCUUUCAUAAUUCUCCAUGAAAUUGAUCUCAUCCAGGGAAGACUGAUUUUGAGCAGAUAUCAUGGGAAUAAAGAAGUAGAGUCUGAGUCUUGUCUCUUAGUAUUAAAAUCUUGGCUCUGCCCUUCCCUGGCAGUCUGACACGGACUAUGGGAGAUACCAAGUGAUCUCACAAGGUUGCUAGAAGGGACAUGACAUAGUGGUACUUAAUCAACUUGUUUAUCUUUUUGCUUUUUAAGUAAUCUAGGUGUUACAGAGCAAACCAACCUCUUGGGUUUCUGAUUUUUCCACCUAAAACAUUGUUUCCCCAACUGGAUUGUAAGUUUGUUCUUGGGGUUUGUUGUUGUUGUUGUUGUUGUAAGUCUGGAUGAUACAGGAAAGCCCAGUUACAUGCUAUCUGCUUUCAGAUACUAUUUGUUAAUAUUUUCCCACUUAAUCACAGCAUCCUGAUGACCAAAGUGGGGUACAAGAAGUGCAAAUGUUUCCGUUAAUUCUUGUAGCACCCCUAGGACGUAGGUAGGUAUUAUGACCUCAGUUUACAGAUAAGGAGUCCGAGACCUAGAGAGGACAAGUAUUGUGGCCAAAUGAGGUCGACUGAGAACUAAAAAGAACCAAGGGUGCUCUGUGUGAUCCAAGACUGCUUCUGUGGCACGCAGCCUUUUCUUUCUUUGAUUAAGUCAGAAGUUUGUGCAAUAUUUCCUUAGUUACUUCGAAUACACACUUUAAAAACUUCAUAAUGUGUUUUGAUUGAUAACUGGUAGAUUCUAGGCAGAUAGAAGAGGCGAAUAAGAAGGAAUUAGGAAAACUGCAAAGUACAGCCUGUUACACGGUGUAAACAGAACCAGCAUAUAGCAUUGCUGAGGGGAUGUUAAUCUCGAGGAAGAGAUCUUAUCCUGCAAGGCCGCUUGGGAAAAGUGAAAGUUUUGAGAUGCUCUUUCAGGUAGUUUGUCAGUUUGCAUAUGAAAAGGCUCCCUCUUUCCACCUAACCCCCCCCCCCCAAAUGUGGGAGACUCUGCCUGUUAAGGAAGAAUCCUACCAUAGCUUGAGUGCUAUCUUCUGGAGCUUGAAGCCCUUAACCAAUCUAAACAGGGCCAUAGCCCGAGUGACAGGACUCGGGAAUCUUAGCGCACCCAGGGAUAGGACGAAAUGUAAUGGGGGAGGAAUGUAAGGUCCCUCAGCACCUAGGCAGAUGAGAGCCCCUACCACAGAGUUUAAGGAAAAGAUUCUCGUGUCUCUACAAAGAACACAUCAAUUAGACUUACUGUGUAAUCUGUCAGCACCUUGAUAGGUAUUUGACGUACAUCAUCUCAUUAGAUCCUCGUUAACCCCAACCAGUUGACGGAUGAAGGCAGAAAGGGCCUGAGGCCUCUUCCUAUGGAAAGACAAUCUCCUCUGAAGCCAGAUGCUGCCCUCGGCAGAGUGAGUGCUAUGCAACAUCACUAAUGAUUACCUGGCGUUUCUGUGUCACAGGCAGGUCCUCAGGGUUGGUGCAGGUUUGCAAACAUGUUCACCGUUUCUCAGACCUCGAGAGCAUGGUUCAUCGAUAGAGCCCGGCAGGCCCGGGAGGAGAGGCUGGUGCAGAGGGAGCGGGAGCGGGCAGCCGUCGAGGUCCAGGCCCACGUCCGGAGUUUCCUGUGUCGGAGGCGACUGCGGAGCGAGAUCCGGAGAGAGAUCGACGAGUUUUUUAAAGCAGAUGACGCAGAGUUCAGUAAAAGAAGCGCACUUUGUAUUUUUAAGAUUGCCAGGAAACUGCUGUUCGUGUUCAGAAUUAAAGAGGAUAAUGAGAGAUUUGAGAAGUUGUGUCGCUGUAUCCAGAGCAGCAUGGAUGCUGAGAAUGAACCCAAGGUGUGGUAUGUGUCCCUGGCUCUUUCCAAGGAUCUCACCCUCCUGUGGAUUAAACAGAUCAAGCACAUUCUUUGGCACUGCUGUGAGUUUCUUGAGCAGCUCAAGCCUGAAAUCUUACAGGACUCCAAACUCAUCACGCUGCACCUCACGAUGCUCGUCACCUUCACAGACACGUCAACAUGGAAGAUUCUCCGCGGAAAAGGGGAGAGUCUUCGACCAGCCAUGAACCACAUCUGUGCAAACAUAAUGGGACAUCUCAACCAGCAUGGAUUCUAUCCUGUGCUGCAGAUGUUGUUAACCCGUGGCCUGGCAAGACCCCGACCUUGUCUGUCCAAAGGCACUUUAACUGCAACCUUUUCUCUCGCACUGCGCCCUGUGAUCGCUGCACAAUUUUCAGACAGUCUGAUCCGGCCCUUCCUCGUCCACAUCAUGUCUGUGCCUGCUCUUGUGACUCACCUCAGCACCGUGACCCCUGAGCGCCUCACUGUUUUAGAAUCUCAUGACAUGCUUCGUAAAUUCAUCACAUUUUUAAGAAACGAAGAUCGAUGCCGUGACGUAUGCGAAAGCUUAGAAGGAUGCCAUACGCUUUGUCUAAUGGGCAACCUUCUGCAGCUGGGCUCCCUCAGCCCCAGGGUGUUAGAGGAGGAGACGGACGGGUUCGUGAGUCUGCUGACCCAGAUGCUGUGCUACUGUCAGAAGUACGUGUCCCAGAAGAAAUCCAACCUGACCCACUGGCACCCCGUCCUCGGCUGGUUCUCCCAAUCUGUGGACUACGGCCUUAACGAGUCCAUGCCCUUGAUCACCAAACAGCUGCAGUUCCUUUGGGGGGUGCCCCUGAUCCGGGUCUUCUUCAGUGACGUCCUGAACAAGAAGCUCCUGGAAAACCAGGAGCCGGCGCAGGCGCAGCUGGCCCCCUCACAGAACGUGCUCCCCGUGAAGAACCUCCUGAAGCGCGCGUUUCAGAAGUCCGCGUCGGUCCGGAAUAUUCUCAGGCCUGUUGGGGGCAAGCGAGUGGACUCCGCGGAGGUCCAGAGGGUCUGCAACAUCUGCGUCCUCUACCAGACCUCGCUGACGACGCUGACCCAGAUCCGGCUGCAGAUACUCACAGGACUCACUUACCUUGAUGACCUGCUCCCCAAACUAUGGGCGUUUAUCUGUGAGCUGGGGCCCCACGGAGGGCUAAAGCUCUUCUCGGAGUGCCUCAACAGUGACACAGAAGAGUCCAAGCAGCUCUUGGCCAUGCUGACGCUGUUCUGUGACUGCUCCCGGCACCUCGUCACGAUCCUUGACGACAUCGAAGUUUAUGAAGAACAAAUUUCAUUCAAACUGGAAGAGCUGGUCACCAUCUCCUCUUUCCUGAACUCCUUUGUGUUUAAGAUGAUCUGGGAUGGAAUCGUAGAGACUGCCAAGGGGGACACCUUGGAGCUGUUCCAUUCUGUCCACGGCUGGCUGAUGGUGCUGUACGAGAGGGACUGCCGGCGGCGCUUCGCCCCCGAGGACCACUGGCUGCGGAAGGACCUCAAACCCAGCGUGCUCUUCCAAGAACUGGACAAGGACCGGAAACGGGCGCAGCUGGUCCUGCAGCACAUCCCUCAUGUCAUUCCGCACAAAAACAGAGUUCUCCUGUUCCGAAACAUGGUUACCAAGGAGAAGGAGAAACUGGGGCUCGUGGAAACCAGCUCGGCCUCCCCCCACGUCACUCAUAUCACAAUCCGACGGUCCCGCAUGUUGGAGGAUGGCUACGAGCAGCUCCGGCAGCUGUCCCAGCACGCCAUGAAGGGCGUGAUCCGCGUGAAGUUCGUCAGUGACCUUGGGGUGGACGAGGCCGGCAUCGACCAGGACGGCGUUUUCAAGGAGUUCUUGGAGGAAAUCAUCAAGAGGGUGUUCGACCCGGCACUCAAUCUCUUCAAGACGACCAGCGGGGACGAGAGGCUGUACCCUUCGCCCACGUCCUACAUUCACGAGAACUACCUGCAGCUCUUCGAGUUUGUGGGCAAGAUGCUAGGGAAGGCAGUGUAUGAGGGAAUUGUGGUGGACGUGCCCUUCGCGUCCUUCUUCCUGAGCCAGCUGCUCGGGCACCACCACAGUGUCUUCUACAGCUCCGUGGACGAGCUGCCUUCACUGGACUCCGAGUUCUACAAAAACCUCACUUCCAUCAAGCGCUAUGAAGGGGACAUCGCUGACCUGGGCCUGACUCUGUCGUACGAUGAGGACGUCAUGGGUCAGCUUGUUUGCCAUGAACUGACUCCUGGAGGGAAGACCACGCCAGUUACAAAUGCAAAUAAGAUUAGCUACAUCCAUCUGAUGGCCCAUUUUCGAAUGCACACUCAGAUCAAAAACCAGACAGCUGCCCUCAUUAGUGGGUUCCGUUCCAUUAUCAAGCCCGAGUGGACCCGGAUGUUCUCAACCCCUGAGCUGCAGCGUCUCAUCUCUGGUGACAAUGCUGAGAUUGAUCUGGAAGAUUUAAAGAAGCACACAGUGUACUACGGUGGUUUUCACGGAAGUCACAGGGUCAUCAUCUGGCUCUGGGAUAUUCUGGCUUCUGACUUCACACCCGACGAGAGAGCCAUGUUUCUGAAGUUUGUGACCAGCUGCUCCAGGCCCCCGCUCCUGGGAUUCGCCUACCUCAAGCCUCCUUUUUCCAUCCGCUGUGUCGAAGUGUCAGACGAUCAGGACACCGGGGACACCCUGGGCAGCGUCCUCCGUGGCUUCUUCACCAUCCGCAAGCGGGAGCCGGGCGGCCGCCUGCCCACAUCCUCCACCUGCUUCAACCUGCUCAAGCUGCCCAACUACAGCCGGAAGAGCGUGCUCCGCGAGAAGCUGCGCUAUGCCGUCAGCAUGAACACGGGCUUCGAGCUCUCCUAGCGCCCGCGCCCGCCUGGCCGGCUCCUGGGCCCGGGCCUCCAGCUCCAGGGGCGGCAGCGCCCAGGAACGUGACCACCGAGCCAGGCGACCUCUCCUUCUCUAUAGCCAUGAGACGCCCCUGUGGCCUCCACAACCUGGGACGCACAUGACAACUCCAUACCACUCCCCGGGUGACACUGAGGGGAAGGGUGUUGAAAAUAAACCUCCAAGUUCCGCCAGUGCUGGCCCUUUUCUCCUGCUUUCCGGGGCCUGUGAUUGCAGAGGGCCUUCUUCUGGUGGUUUGGUGUUUUGGGGAGUCUUUUCUUUCCCUGACUUUGCACUGCGCCUGAACAAGUCCCAGGAACUCCCAGGGUCCAGAGUGGUUUUCAUGACACGGGCCCAAGCAUACAAAGCCCACUACAAGUGACACACUCUCCUUCCGUUUCCGAAAACUCUUUACUCAGGUAAGGCCUCGCCAAGCCUCUAUGCACUCGGCAGUCUCCGCCCCCCUGCCCAUCCACCGCAGCCUCUCUACAGCCCGCCAGGCCCACCUGCUGCCUCGGGAAGCAGAGGUGCCUGCCGGGGAGGCCGUGGAGCCCAGGAAUUCCGCGGCGCGCCCCCCCCCACCUCGAAACCAUGCGUUCCUCACGGCGCCAGCACCCCUGCGCCAGGCUCGCCUCGCAUGCUCUGAGCACCCGGAGGCCUCCACGGGCUCAACCCGUCUCAUGUACUCACCUUGGCACCUGGCUUUGGGAGGAAAAAAGACCCUUGGCUCUUAAGAGCAGCUGUUUCCAGAAGGCACUAGCUGCUCUCCAAAGCCUGCUGAUUCCUAAGGGGGCAGCUGCCUUCCCCGCUCUGGCUCGCCCUGCUUGUUGUCUAGAAAGGAGCAGACUCUCGCCGAGUUACCCAGCCUGUCCGGGCAGCGACUUUCCUCCGUUGAUGGUAGAAUCGAAAAGAAACUUGGAUCUUGCCGCUCACCCAUCCUCCACGCAGGGCACUGGGAGCCCUUUCACUGACGGAGGCUCAAAGGGCUGAGGAAACUCUGAGUUGGGUUUUUGGGGUUUGUUUACUCCAUUUUCUCUUCCAUUAUGCCCUCUCCCCCCUUCCUUCCCCUUGUCAUGAAAACCUUUCUCUAGAUCCAGGGAAUUGAGACAGAGGCCAGGUCCGUGGUCUGUGUCGACAGCCAUCCACCCUCCCCCACCUCGUCAAGCUCCUCACGCAUCCCUGCCACCAAGAUAGAAGCCAGGAGCGCCUGGUCCCUCUGCCCUGCGGAGCCGGCUGAGGGCUGGCCGCUCUCUUCCAAGCAGCACAGCGCCUUCCAGCAUGUUGGUGGCAAAGCGGGCAAGACCUGUGUCCAUGGCCUCCAUCAGAGGGUCGCGGCUGGGUGCUGCGUCCUGCUCAGGUCCAAGCCUGGCUCUGUCACAGCCCCUGCACUUCUGGAGAACAGUUUUCCUUUGGUGGAAAGACAGUCUAAAGACAGACAAGAAUUUAUUCAUAUUAUUUAAGAUCUGUUAGUAACCUCUAGUUCUAUGGAAGUCACUGUAAGUAACUCGACUCUCCUGCCGCCCUCCUCCGACGCGCGCUGAGCAGGCUUGUGCGUUUCUGCCGCGGCCGGGGCCGCCCGCCUGCGCAGAGGUGUGUCGUUCCCUCUCGGCCUUCAGUGCCUGAGAACCCGCCAGGGCAGGGCUGUGGGGGGCGGGGGGGUCUCCAGGCACCAACAUCAACGUUAUUGUUCUUUUGAUGAGGAGGGGCAGUCUGUAAUUUCAUUUCUGUUCUCUCCCACAGCGGGAAAUAUUGCACUAUCUGAAACCGUGAGUCUGUACUUUUGUAGCUGGUGCUCAUCGACACCUCGAUGGCUCUAAAGAGUUUGGCAUUUCUUUUUAUUUUUGUGGUUUCAUAGAUAACCUAGGGAUUAAAACAUGAUCAAAGGCUUUAUUAAAUUUGUACUUCAGCACGUGA